GCGGGAGGUUCUUAUUAUAAUCACAUGUUGGUAUACCUCAUCGUAUUUGUAACUCCGGUGUGAGGUAUUAAAUCAUACAUAAUGCUUGAUUCCGACGAAGAACGGUUUACAUACUGUCAAGAUGCAGGACCACUGAAGCUUGAUUGGAUGCAGUUUUCUAUUGCAGGCCAUGAAUAUUCUAUUGCUGUUGGUGAACUUCCUGGCAGGAAAUAUAAGCAUUGUUGGAGGAAUUUACAAAAUGAUUUAGCUGACCUGAAAGCUGCUGGCAUUAGUCACAUAUACUGUCUGUGCAGACAUGAGGACCUUGUGAGGUACAGAGUACCACGUUUACUUCAGGAUUACACCAGUCAUGGCUUCAGCCUUCACCAUUAUCCUGUUCAUGAUGGCGGUAUACCAGAUAUCGACCAGCUGAUGAUGAUACUCAAAGACAUUAAAACUGUUUUAGAACGUGGAAAUAAGGCAUUUAUUCACUGUUUUGGUGGAUUAGGAAGUAGUUGUGUGGUCACCACAUGCCUUGCCAUGUACUGUGAUGAAACACUUACAUCGUCUGAUACCAUCAGCACCAUUAGAACGUUAAGAGGUCCAAGAGCGGUACAAACUGUUAAGCAAUAUAAUUUCAUCAAUGACUUCAAGGAACUUCGAAGAGAGCACAUCACUUUAAAUCUAGCGCGAAGAUUAUCAAGAUAGCAACAGAGCAAGAGUUACUGGUCCGCAGUGUAUUACAUUUCUUAAUGAAAUGUAAAAAUUAUAUAGACAGACACAGCAUCAAGAAACCAAAAUGUAGGAAGCUAGAGAUGGCGGAUUGCUUGUUAAAGUAUUAAUUCCAUGAAGCAGUCCUUCUUGAGAAGCUAACAGUACUCAGUCACAAAACUCCCAACAUUUCACGGAACCUGAAGGUUCUAUAUGUCACCAUCAGUGGGCUAGUGGUUAGCGUGCUCGCCGCUGGACCCAAGGUUCACUGGCUCAAACCUGGCCGAGGCCGAUGAAUUUUAAAGGGUGAUAAAAAUCUGUAGCACAUACAGAAAAUGAACUAAAUCACAAAGGGUUUUUGUAGCUAAUGUCCACAUUUCAAAAAAGGUGAUUGCUUUUCAAAAUGAGGUUUGCUACCAUUUUACAUAUUAUUCUUAAUAAAGUUGUCACAUUGACUGUUGAUUUCAAGAUACAGUUUUAAUCAUAAAAUACUAAAUAAAUAUUACAGUAAUUGCUUGUAGAUGUCAAUAUUUCUCAUAAAUGCAUUUAUAAGUUUUCAGAUACCAACAUAAGUCAUGGUUUGGUGAGAAGAUUGUCUUUGGUAACAUUGGAUUUAAGCGAGAAGAAUUUAUUAUACUUAGUUGCAGUGAAAGCUUCAGAUCAUUUAUUGUUAUUGUUAUUAUUUUAUCAACAAAUGCAUGGAUUCAGUAAGAGGAAUGUAUCUGUCAUAAUCACAAAAGAUAAUUACCUUUGUAUCGUUAUGUGUGCUAUUGCCAGAAUAAUAUCAUCAAUGUUAUGUAUAAAAUGUAUUGAAAGUAUGCACAUUAUCAAAUAUUUGAUUACUUGCAAGGUGAAUGAACAUUAAAUAAAAAUCACUUGUUUACAAUA